UGGGAGACACAGAAUCGUGUCGUGCCUCCGAUGGUUCAAAGGGCGAAAGUACGGGAACGGACAUUGUUCUACCCCCGGUUCCGGUUGAUUCGGUUUAAGUCCCCUCCUCGGUAAAGCCCAAAGGCUCUGAAAUUCAAACGCAAAAUCCCCGCCAAAAGGACAAAACACGACGAUUUCAUACCACACUAUCUUCACUCUCCCCUCUCUUUUUCACUAUAAAUCUGGAAGAUCACUUCGAAUUCGAUCACGAACUCGAAUUUCUAGGGCAAACUGAGAAUCGAUGGAGAAAGGAAUGAUUUCAGUAGACCGGUGGUCUGAAGGAAGUCAGGUGUAUUUCUUGACGCAUCUUCACGCCGAUCAUACCAACGGUCUCUCUCCGACCUGGAAACGUGGUCCUCUCUUCUGCUCAAGCGUCACCGCCAAGCUUUUCCCCUUCAAAUUCCCCGGCUUCAACCUUUCGUUGCUUAGCGUUCUCGAUGUUACUCAUUGGCAUUCGCUUUCUCUGAUUUCUCCGUCCUCUGGCUUGGAGACCACUGUACAAGUCAUGGCCAUAGACGCUCAUCAUUGCCCCGGAGCAGUUAUGUAUCUGUUUCGAGGUGAGUUUGGCUGCAUGCUUUACACUGGGGAUUUUCGUUGGGAAACAACCAGUAAGAGAGCACAGAUCGGAAGGACCACGUUACUUAAUGCUCUCAAGAAUGAGAAACUUGACAUUCUUUACUUAGAUAACACGUACUGCAAUCCAUUGUAUUCUUUUCCUUCUCGGGAAGUUGCUGCGAAGCAGGUUGUCAAUAUCAUCAGCUCUCAUCCUGAACAUGAUAUUAUCAUAGGGAUUGACUCUUUGGGCAAAGAAGAUCUUUUGCUCUAUAUUUCACGUCUGCUGAAUAUGAAGAUUUGGGUGUGGCCAGAACGCUUGCAGAUUAUGCAUCUUCUGGGGUUCCAUGACAUCUUCACAACCAAAACUUCUCUGACCAGAGUGCGAGCUGUUCCUCGUUACAGUUUUAGUGUUGACACUUUAGAGGGACUAAAUACACUGCACCCAACGAUAGGAAUCAUGCCUUCUGGUAUUCCUUGGGCAGUCAAAACUGCUAAACCAAAUGAUAAUCUUUUUGGUUCUUCAAUUUCUCGCCAUAACCGAAGUAGCUGGAGCACAAAUGUUGCGAUGAAAAAGCCAAAUGAAAAUCUAAAAAUUGUUGAAAGAUAUCAUCAAUACAUAUAUUCAGUCCCAUAUUCCGAUCACUCAUGCUUUCCCGAGAUACAGGAAUUUGUUAAGCUUCUCCAGCCCACCAACAUGAAAGGCAUUGUGUCUAAGUCACCCUCUUAUGUUGAUCCUCUUUAUUACUUUGGCUACCUUUGUGCAGCAAAUCAACCAUCAAAAAGGUUAUGUCAUAAACUUGAGGGUGAAGAGGUAGGUGAAAGAGUUGAAGCUGUCCAUGUUAAACGUAACCGUGGAAGCCGUAAUUCUACUGAUGCUGAGAGUAAACGAAGAAGAGCCACACAAGUUGAUUUCUUAGGUGUUCGCGUGAAUAGGGUGAGUUUAUUGAGAAGACUAAGGUGUGGUGCAAAGAUUGUAGACAUCGACUGUACUGAAUAG